CAGAUAAAGACACGACACAUUCACAGAGCAGGACAGAGACAGUAACAGCGUGUAACAGAACAGGAGCUUUAAUAUCUUUCUGAAGUGGAGUUGGUGUGGAGAUCUGUGAGAGUGAACUCAGGAUGAAGAUCCUCCUCAUCUUCACCCUCUGUCUGAUCUCAGAUGGAGGAACCUCCAAGGAAGUAACAGGAUAUUCAGGAGGAGGAGUCCUUAUCAAGUGCAAGUAUGAUACAGAAUACACAGAUAACCAAAAAUAUUUCUGUAAGGGUUCAUGGCCAGGCUGUUCUGACCAAAUAAAUAAAGGGGUUAAAAAUGAGUUGGUAAAUUUAGGAAGAUUCUCACUGUAUGAUGACACCAAAUCAGCAGAGUUCUCUGUGAUGAUCAGAGAGCUCACUAUAGAGGACUCUGGGACGUACCAGUGUGGAGUUGAUAAAUAUUGGAAAGACGUUUACACACCGGUGGAACUGAAAGUAAAGGAAGGGUCCUUGGUCUCUAGAGAAGUGACUGCAUAUGCAGGGGGAGGAAUCAACAUCAAGUGCAGAUAUGAGGAUGAAUAUAAAGACAAACCAAAAUCUUUCUGGAAGGUCAGAACAAAUCAGUUGUGUUUAAAUCGAGUAACAACAAAACCAGACAGUGAAUGGACACGUGAUGACAGAUUCUCAAUUCAUAACAGCAGAAGUGCAGGAUUCUUCAGUGUGUUUAUCAGAGAGCUGAUUACGGAGGACACUGGAUCAUACGGGUGUGGUGUUGUUGUGUCUGAUGAACUGGAGAUCUACACUGUAGUGAAGCUGAAUGUAAGAGAAGAUCUGUCAUAUGAGAAGUCCAUCAGGAAGACUGUCCAUGCAGGAGGAGAUUUGACUCUCAGCUGUAAAUACCCAAAAUCCCACAUGAGCAACCCCAAGUUUCUCUGCACAAUGAAGCUGCUAAAUUUUGCUUGGUCUAAUAAAGACUCUGUUAAAGAAAGUAGAAAAAAUGUAACUAUGGGGAAAUUCUCCCUGUAUGAUGACAGAGCAAAACAAACCUUCAGUGUGAUUAUUAGAGAUGUAACUGAGCAGGACUCUGGUGAAUACUGGUGUGGAGCUGAAGCAGCCUGGACAUCUGAUCAUGGAUACAAGGUUUAUUUCACACGGAUCAACCUGACAGUUACUGAUCCACAUGUCCCAGUUUCAACCUCAAAGCCAACACAACCUCCAUCAUCAUCAUCAUCAUCAUCAUCAUCAUCCCCAAUUCUCCUUUUCACAGAUAAACACAAAUCUUCGUCUACUUCGUCUUCUCCUCCAGCAGGAUUUCCAGCUUCCACUGUGAUCACUGUGUCUGUAAUUCUGCUGCUGCUUCUGAUUGGAAUCAUAAUCCUCUUGGUGGCUCUACAAAAAAGACAAAAGUUGCUAGGUUCAGCUUCUACUCCUGGAAGGAGGUCUGUCAAAGACACAGGAAACAACCAAGGGGUUCCUCUUGAUGCCUGUGAAUAUGAGGAGAUUAAAGACACCAGACGACUUUCUGCCUCAGAUGCUGGAACUUUCACAGUUUACUCUACUGCUGAACUACCCACAAUCCCCUCUGAUCAUCACACAGUUUAUGCAAACUCAGACUUACCCACAAGCCCCUGCGAUUCUGCUCUUUUGUCAGGCAUGCAUUUCCGGGUUCCGUGUGGCCACUUCCGGUUCCGGGACGCAACUUCCGGUUUCGCGAUCUCAUUUCCGGUUUCCGCCAUUUUAUGCUCCUCUGCCCUAUAUAAGCUAGCGAGCAGUCCAUGCUCCUUGCCAGAUGGUCUCUUCAGUCAGCCUUGAGCUCCUGAGACGGCAUCCUGCCCUUUUCUUCUGUUCCUGUCUGCCUGAUAAUGUCUCUGCCUGUACUACGUUUAACCUGUUCUCUGGAUUUGGAUUAUUGGACUGUAUGCUGUUAAUGUCUCUGCCUGUCCUACGUUUAACCUGUUCUCUGGAUUUGGAUUAUUGGACUGUAUGCUGUUAAUGUC